AUGACACCCACCUCUUCCCUGUCACCCAAGAUAAAGGAUGUUGUGGUCAGCAUCCUGCAUACAUUGAAGUCGAUCGACCACGCACAUCUCACUAAAUCUGAGAUUCAGCGUCUAGGAGUCUCCGUUGACAUUUUUGCCUUGAACGAUGAAGACUCCUCCGAUAAAGAUUCCUUGGACCCCGAGACGCAAUGGCUUUUCAAGCCGAUUUCUAAGGAGGACAUCAAAACGUGGAAGAUCUCGCCCUCUGAGGCCAAGGCGGUGCAAAGCAGCCUGGAAAUCCCCGAUUUGGUUCAUGUGUCGCAGCAUCGGCCUGACUGGGACGUUACAGGCGCCACGCAAGAGGUGCCCGACUUCAUCACGGCGCAGUUCGACUUUCGGCGCAAAUCGAAGACUCGCCUAAGGGAUACAUUCGGGUGGAGUGAUAUCGAUUCGCUGGCGGCAAUGUGGGACUCCUUUUUCUCUAUGGAUGGAAAGUAUCGAGGCGUUGACACCCCGGGCUGGAGAACUUGCUUGAUAGAAGAUUGGUGGGAUGGUGAAGACCUCGCUGGACCUUCCGUCCGUCUCAUCAUCUGCACGGACAGGAAUGGCAAGGAAGGCAGUCUACUACAGAGUGAGCUCGGAUCAAUCGCUCAGGUCGUUGCGUUCCGCCGAAAUCAGCCGGGGUUCGAGACCUAUCGUUUAUUCCCAGUACUCUUGAUUUCGCUCUUCGGGCCUCGACACGGGCGUAUCAUCCAAGCCUGCUACGACCGGCGCAGUAAUAAAUUUGGACUUCGGAUCUCUCGAGUUUUCUGCUUUGUCACCAAGGAGGAUGCGGCAUUUGAUACAUUCUUUCGAUUCACGGCGAGCUAUCCACCCCAGAUAACAAAUCCCCACUUUGCUAGAUCUCUCCACGAUAGGGAAGCACUCAUCGAGAUCUAA